GAGAGGAGAAAAAUAUAUAUAUACCUGACCGCCCCCCACACCGCUCCCCCUUCUCUCUUCCCGCCCGUCCCCUCUCCGCCCAGCGCAGCCCGCGGAGUCCCCUUCGGCUCUGCCCAGCCCGGGCUGGGGGCCCGGGGGCGGCGGCGGGUCCAGACCGGCUCCCGGGCCGAGCCGAGCCCAGCCAAGCCGCACUGGCUUCUUUGUCUGCGGGCGGCGGCUGCCCCGGCCCCGGCCCCCGGCCCCCUGUCUCGAGCUGUGAGAUGAAUCUCUAAUCGGUGGACGCCGGGCACCCGGGGCGAAGGCGGAUCGGGCUCCGGAUGUGUAGGUGUGGGCCAGCCCCACCACACCCUGACAAGUGACCAUGGAUCCUGGAGCUGGGCCAGACUCAUCUCUGACUGUCAAUGAGCAGGUCAUCGUGAUGUCAGGCCAUGAGACCAUCCGAGUUCUGGAGGUUGGAGUGGAUGCCCAGAUCCCUGCUGAGGAGGAGGGCAAAGCACUGGAAGGUGUGGCCGCCGAGGGCUCCCAGAGCGGAGGCCCCGCCAAAGCCGGUGAAGCUGCUGGUGAAGCUGGGCCAGACAACCCAGACUCCUCCGCAGAGGCAACUGUGAAGUCACUCCCGGGGAUGCCUCCGAGCCCUGCCCCUGCCGUUGCCACCUUCAGCCAAGCCCCAUGCCAGCCUCAGGCAUCGCAGACCCUGACGCCACUGGCUGUACAAGCUGCCCCCCAGGUCUUGACUCAGGAAAACUUAGCCACAGUUCUGACAGGAGUUAUGGUUCCAGCAGGGGCAGUUACUCAACCUCUUCUUAUCCCCAUCAGUAUUGCAGGUCAAGUGGCUGGUCAGCAGGGGCUGGCCGUGUGGACAAUUCCUACAGCAACCGUGGCUGCCCUCCCAGGACUGACCGCUGCUUCUCCCACGGGGGGAGUUUUCAAGCCACCUUUAGCCGGUCUCCAAGCAGCUGCCGUGCUGAACGCCGCUCUCCCAGCACCUGUACAAGCUGCCCCACCGGCCCAGGCCUCCUCGCCCACCCGGCCCCGACCGCCAGCCCAGCCCCAGACGCUGAUCCAGACCCAGCCGCUGCUGCAGACCACACCUGCCAUUCUGCCGCAGCCCACUGCUGCCACCGCGACUGCCCCCACCCCCAAGCCAGUGGACAGCCCCCCACAGAUCACCGUUCAGCCUGCAGGCUUCGCGUUUAGCCCAGGAAUCAUCAGUGCUGCUUCCCUCGGGGGACAGACCCAGAUCCUGGGCUCCCUCACUACAACUCCGGUCAUUGCCAACGCCGUUCCCAGCAUGCCGGGGAUCAGCAGUCAGAUCCUCACCAACGCUCAGGGACAGGUUAUUGGAACACUUCCGUGGGUAGUGAACUCGGCUAGCAUGGCGGCCCCAGCACCGGCCCAAAGCCUGCAGGUCCAGGCUGUGACCCCCCAGCUGUUGUUGAACGCCCAGGGCCAGGUGAUCGCAGCCCUGGCCAGCAGCCCCCUGCCUUCUCCCAUGGCUGCCCGGAAGCCAAGCACUCCUGAGUCCCCCGCUAAGAGUGAGGUGCAGCCCAUCCAGCCCCCGGCAGCCAUGCCCCAGCCAGCUGUGGUCAUCGCCAGCCCAGCCCCAGCGGCCAAGCCAGCUGCCUCUGUUCCCAUCCCGAUCACCUGCUCAGAGACCCCUACUGUCAGCCAGCUGGUGUCCAAGCCACAUACCCCGAGUCUGGAUGAGGACGGGAUCAACUUAGAAGAGAUCCGGGAGUUUGCCAAGAACUUUAAGAUCCGGCGGCUAUCCCUGGGCCUCACACAGACCCAGGUGGGUCAGGCCCUGACCGCGACGGAAGGCCCAGCCUACAGCCAGUCAGCCAUCUGCCGGUUUGAGAAGCUGGACAUCACGCCCAAGAGCGCGCAGAAGCUGAAGCCAGUGCUGGAGAAGUGGCUGAAUGAAGCCGAACUCCGGAACCAGGAAGGCCAGCAGAACCUGAUGGAGUUUGUGGGAGGUACACUGUCCCCUGAAAGAACCCAACACAUACAAUUCUGAAAAGGGUGAUGUGCUGCUCAGAAGGUCAGACGCCAGGUCUGCCUCGACCUCAAGGUCAGAAGGUUUCCACAGCCCUGGGGCCAGAACAUGUGAUCUCCUCUCCCAUCUCUCCCUGGUUCCUUUGGGAGGGUGGAAAAUUGCCCUAAAGCAGAACCUUUUCUUUUGUAAAUCAUGUUGGAAGGAAGCAACAGUGAACUCUAGCUGUCCUGGAGUUGACCUGGGUCUAUAGCAGGUUGGGAACUUAGUAAAUAAGGCCAUCCUCCCAGAUUUUAAUCUGAUCUCUGUCCGUGGCCAUCUCCACAUCAGAAUGGUGUGGUUAAGAGAGCUUGCAGCCUGGAAAAUCCCCCGGCCCAGCUAAGCAGGCCCUCGGGGGGUGGGGGGGUGGGGGUGGGGCGGAAUGAGGAAAGGAAUGCUGACUCUCUCUUGUCCUCACACUCACCGCCCCCCCCCAGUCCUGAGCCCUUCUCAGAGCAGCAAAUUAAACAAGAAGCCAGACAGCAAGGCCCUGGGGAAAAAAAGCCAAGAUCCAGAAAGAGCUGAUGGCAGCCCUGGAAGGUCUCUUUGUGGAAAGUGACUUAACUCUAAUUUUCUUUGGAACUUGAAGUCUUGGAUACUGGAGGAGAAAUCUAACUUUGUCCAGAGUCUUAGACCACGUGUUUGUGUAAGCAAUCCCCCCAGUGAGCUUCUGAGCUAAGAAUACCCCUGGAGCAGGCUGGGUUUUGCCUUCAGAGCAGGUAGCUAUGGUACAUUGGGGGUUGGCAUCUCAUCCGAGCUGUUAAGUGAGUUUCCCAGCCUCACUGUGGCUGGGCCUCCCCUGGAAUUCAGUAGGGGAUCAGGAGAGCACUGCAAGGUUUGCUGAGAUGAGCCCAGACUUGCUGUGUAGACUAGACUUAAAGGGUCCCACACAAGUCACAGGGUCAGCAACCCCCCUCCUUUCAAAACUCCUGUCCUUACAGAGCCAGGUCUCUAGGUCUCUACAGUAAACCCUGAAGAAGUGACUGCCAGGCGAGGGCACAUCACCAUCUCUGUUGGACACUGGUGCAGAGCCCAGCCUCGCUUCCUCUGGUAUGCUGUGUUUCCUUUCCUGCCUGCAGCUGCCCCGCUCCCAGGCCCUACAAAGCCAGUGUGGCCGUCCUCUUGGUAGCUCUGCCAGUGAGAGGGCAGCUGUGUGUCCAAUGGCCCGCUCCCGCCUACCCCACGCCACUGCAUCCUGACCAACCAAACGCGCUCGAGUGUGGUGGAGGAUGAGGAAGCAGGUGGGCACCUUGUCUGCCCCAGCCUCCCAGGAGAGACUACGUCUCCAAGGGUAAGGCUCCACGCUGAAGUUCAGGGUUAUCAGCCUGUCUCAAUGAGAUGACAAGCUCACUUGAGAGGGGUGUUGUAAACAAGUUUUCAGUAAGAAUAAAGUAGUGGCCAGAGUUUGUAAAGGAUUCAGUCACUUAUAGUUCAAUAAAUUAGACAGAUAUGGGUUUUUACCCUCAAGCCCUUGUGUUCCGAUAUGCUUUCUUUUUUGGGAGAGACAAGUGGGUCAUGGAAGUGGGUCGUGGCUGGUGCCCUGGGAGUAGCAUAUAACCCAGGGCGUGUCCGUGGCAGUGGAUAUGCAGGAGGACACCAUCUGUCCUGUGUCACGGCAGGAAAAAGCUGAUGAACUGCUGCUCUAAAUUAGGCCUGGCCAUGCUUUCUUAGCUCCUCCCGCAUCUAAAUGUGUCUUCCCAAGGCUGGGCUAGAACUAAAGCAUUUUUUCCUCUGCUGGAAUGACGGGGUUGGUCUUUCAGAGGAACAAGUCCAGGGGCAGAAUGUUUGCAGGCUGAAUUCCCCAGGCAGGGGGGUACAGGAUGCCCCUGAAGUGUGCCCAAACCAGAGCUCACCGGCCUGAUCUCUGCUCUUGUUCCCCUACCACAGGGCCCCUGGAAAGCAGCGAUGGCCCUGAGGUGGGUUUUUUGUUUUGUUUAUAUUUUUGUUUUGAGUAGCAUCAGGCUCUGAAGGGAGUUGAUAUCAAUUUUGUUUUGAAAGCACCUCUCUGGUUAUCAGCCAGAUCUCAGUGGCUCCUUUACCAUGGAAAGGCAGGAGAGGGCAGAAAUGGCUUAACUGUUUGCAUGUGUUUUAUUUGUUAUUGUUUCAAAGACCAAAACUUUCUAUGGCUUAAUGAAUUGGCUGGGGCCUUUGACCCUGCACUAAUCAAGGCAUUUUAUCCAGGUGGGGUCCAGGGAAAGAAUUCAGCCAAAUGGGUUAAGGAACCCAUUUGACUUUGGAAUGAGAGACCCUGACAUUUUUGUGUCCUUGGAAAUCCAAUCACCUUCCUAUGCCUAGAUUCCCUUCCUGUCUCCUAGGCCAGGCUCUGAUGCUGAGGUUCUAACUGAUCCUGGACAUGGGACAAAGUCUGCUGAGAGCUGGAGUGAGGGGUGAGGAGGGGAGAAUGGGGGAGAAGCACUUGAUGUAGUUGUGUGGA